GGUUUCCAUACCCAUACACUCUUUCUACAAUUAGGGAGACUUCGUUAUGGCUCAGCAAAAGAGGAAGGUUUCUAUGCCUGGGGUGGCUGAGGGGAUGGAAUUGGCCAGUGUCCCUCUGGACGAAGAACUAUCUGCUGAGGAGAAGGUGAAUGGAAUGCUCCAGGGCUCAAUGUCCGAGGAUGUGUACCAAGGCUGGGGCGCCACCCUUUUUCAGACACAAAUCCGUCUCCUAUCUGCCUCCUCCCAUCCAACAGGCCGGUCAACCUUCAUCUUUACGGUUGAACCAUCACACUGCAACAGACUGGGGAACCUACACGGCGGGUGUACCGCUACCAUCUUCGAUGUCUGCACGACGUGUUCCUUGGCCCCGAUCGCCAAACCCGGAUUCUGGGCCUUCGCCGGCGUCACCAGAACCCUGAGUGUUACGUAUCUUCGGCCGAUACCAGUGGGGGAGGAGAUAUUGAUUGAGAGCGAGGUGGUGCAUGCAGGCAAGAGACUUUGUACAAUCAAGGGGACAAUGAGGAGGAAGAGGGAUGGUGCUAUUAUGGCUACGUGUGAACAUGGGAAGGUAAGCAUUGAUCCAGAGGUUGGAGGAAAGCUAUAGAGAUAGAUGUACUUGAAGUUAUAGAAUCUAUCUUUCCCAUACCUUUAUCAAAGAAAGAAAUCAGGUCUGUCUGUUUCGUG